CGGAUACACCCGCUUCCCUCACCGUGUCGUAAUGGGGAAUGCCUGGGAAUGCCCUGCGAGCCUUCAAGGUGCACCUGAUGCACCUUUUUUUGUACAUGUACAGUGCAACAAAAGCCUUUUCAGUGCUUUUGUACUCUUCAUUUUGCACCACUUAAACAUACAUGCACCUGGAAAACACUGCAAGGGGUGCAUCCAUCUAUACAAAUGGACUCUGCACUGUGCCCCUAUGCCAACUGUAGUCCGUGUGUCGUCAUGCAGGUGUUACAAUGAUGGAGAAUGUUAAAUCAUUGUCAGUGACUCUGUACCUUCAAAGUUAUGGAUUUGUACUACUUGGGGACAUACAAGUACUCCUUUGUCCCUGGAAAAACACUGCAAGGGGGGUACAUUCAUCUCCACAAAUGGACUCUACGCUGUCCCACAAUGCAAACAUGUAGUACAUGUGUAGUCACGCAGGUGUUACAGUGGUGGGGAAGGUGCACAAAUGAAUGAUCUGUGAUUUUGUAGUCUCACAGCUACAAAUUUUGUACCACUUGGGGACAUAGAUGUAUUUCUCUGUCCCUGGAAAUGUUUUCAGCCUGCGACCUACUUUUAAAAUGACCAAGUCCCAAAGACCUACCUCCUGCUAUAAACAUAGAAAAUAUGUUUAUAAAUACAUAAAUGUAUUUACAAUAUUUAUAAAUAAGAGUAUUUAUGUACAUGUAUAAUAUCAGGGGUGCACAAACUCUUUCAGCAUGUUGACAUGAUCUUUCUCUUCCUACUGUAUGACACGUAUACUGUAUAUAUACAAAUCUAACCGGUAAACUUUGACACUACUAUGCUAAUGAUUAGUAUUUCACAUUCACAGUUUCAAAGCAGAUCAGUCAGUCGUUCACAGUUCAGUUCAAUAUGAAAAUAAAGAUAAUGACACGUAUUUCCUCAAUAGUUGUGUACAUAAUUUGAGUACCGGUAAUACUGUAUGUCAGUCAGAAUAGCUACAGUACGUAGCAUUCAUUAGACACACAGUUCAUGUAUUACAUCUAGUUAGCAUUUGCUAGCAAACAUUACAGAUAUACAAAAAACAAAAAUGAUUUUGCAAAAGACAAUGCGGGCGAAGCCUAAGGUUUCAGCAAUGGGCGUAUUUUCCAAUUAAUCAUGAGAUAGUUUAACGGGCGGCAGUUUAGAAAACACGCAUUUCUAUAGUGGAGUUCAGGACGCAAAGCAAAGCCAUCAAACAGUCCACUUUUUUUCUAUAUAAUCAGCCACUACAAAUGAACGGGCAUCUUACCACUGAGUUAGUUUAUCCUUUAUCAGAAUAAUAAAUAUGAAAUUGCAUCUCUGUGUGUAGCUUGAGACGUCUGCUCACCACUUUAAGGGAUAGUUCGGAUUUUUUGACAUGAAGUCGUGUGACAUCCUCAUCAGCAGUGUACUACUUCAACAGUGGCAUACCCGCCCCCAUCAUAAAAAUGCCUACUCAAAAAAAAAUCAGACCUCACAAUUGCGUGACGGAGCCUUCACGUGUGUGUUCCACAGCGGAAGAAGAUGCGAGCGUCUUCGUCACAUACACAAGAAUGGAGAGGCGACAAAUAUAACGCUGGGUGAUUUGUGAGGUCUGAUUUUUUUUCCCAGUAGGCAUUUUUGUGAUGCACAUGUAUUACUCUUUUGAAAGCAUAUUGUUUUGAGAAGCCAAACUCUUUACUUAAAUGACCCAGCAACUAAGCGGAACUACGUUCCUCAUCACGGAAAUUCGACCAGAACUGGACUCGCGCGACCAAGUGGGGGGGAAAAGUCACUGUUGAUGUUGUGCGCUGCUGAUGGGGAUGUCAUACCACUUAAUGUCAAAACAUCAGAACUAUCUCUUUAAUCUUUGCCGCAGGGGGAGCACAAGCGAAUCAGGAGGUGAGCUUAAUGUCAGCUGACUGAUGUAAUAUGACAUCUACAAAGCGACGUUUAUGUGAUCAACCCACACUAUCUUCGCUAUUGACCGUUAGCUCGCGAUUGACGUAAUGGGCACCCCUGCUGUACGGUGUGCAUUCAUCUACACAAAUGGGUCCCGCUGCCUAUGUAAACAAGAAGUACACGUUUCAUCAUGCAGGUGUUGCACUGAUGAAGGUUCCAAAAGGUGCCCAAAGUCAACCUCAUGACAUAACAUGCAGGGGCUUUCCAUCCAUUUACAUGUCUUUUAAACCUGGACACCUCCUGGCUACACACAAUAUAAAAGUAGACCUACAGUUGAACCUUGAUUAGCGUCGUUAAUUUGUUCCAGAAGGUCUGACUCUAACCCAGGGGUAGGGAACAUAUUUGGAUGACUGCAUCUGGCUCUCAGACAUUUCUUAACACAGUAAAAUGUAUUUAUUUACUUUCAUUUUAAAGUAAAACAUUACAGAAAUCACAAUGUUAAAAAUAACCUUCAACGUAUAAUUUUGAAAAUGCAUUUGAAUCCAGCCAUCCAUUUUCUACCGCACUGCAGGUGGCCAGAGCCAAUGCCAGCUGUCCUUCUUAUACUUACCGGGUCAGACAGCAAAACUCGAUUAUUACUGAAUAAUGCGGUAGCCUACAGGUUCAGGUUCCCGACCCCUGCUCUAACCGAAACGGAUGCUAACCGAAUCCAUUUUUCCCAUAAGAAAUAAUGUAAAACCAAAGAAUCCAUUCCAAAAAGCCCAAAAUGUUAACACAAAACAUGUUUUUAUAGUCUUACAUUUAUAAUUUGACAUGCAGAAAACAAUGUGAAAUGCAUAUAAAUGCAUGCAAAUGAUGAACGAAAGGGAUAAAUGAACAUUUAAGGUUACUUUUACCUUCACUGAAGACGUGAUUCUUGACUGUACUGUCCCCAAAGACACGAUGUGGCAGCGAGAUCAACCGCCACCACCGUCCUCUUUUGACAUCAAUAGUGUUUCCCAAAAUGGAGCUAACUAAAGUUGCAAGUGCCAGCAUUUUGAUUAAAAAAAGGUGAGAAACACUAUUGACACUAUUGUCAAGAAAUAAGUCAUGACAAAACAGGAAGAAGGUGUCUGUGUGGCGUCACGCUGCUACAUCGUCACGCUGCUACAACGUCUACAUGAACGAGCAUCUCACAAAACGCAAUUCCGACAUCGCCAGGAAAGCACGAGACCUGAGGAAGCAAGGAAAGAUUCAAAACACUUGGAGGACUAACGGGAAAAUCUACAUCAAACUAAAAGGAAGUCCAGGAGUCGCAAGAGUGCUUGUUGUCCAAGAUAUCAGUGAUCUGGAUGCAUAUUAAACAUUAUAUUACUAUGAUAAUAAGCAUAAUGGAGGAAACACCCUACAAGACAGACCAAUACAACGAGAAGGACUACAUUCCAUAGCAAUAACCUCGACAUAAUUAAUAAAAGGAACUCUUGUAUACAAACCCAGCGUCACUAGCAGUGCAACAUUAAAGACGAUGUGGAUAUCAACAGGAGAGAAAGGACAGGAUAAAUAGAAAGGGAAAAGGAAAGGAGAAGGAGGAAAAAAUGGAAAAAGAAAAAAAUAAAACCUUUUUUUUUAUCAUUUGUGUACCUGUAUACUGUAUAUGUAAAUAUGUGCGUACUUGUGUAGGUGCAGAUGUAGGUGUAUAUAUAUGUAUGCACGUGUUUGUAUGUACACACAUGUAUUAGCAAUUGAUGUGCUACGAAGAGGGGGUAGGAUUAAAUAAGCUCUGCUUCUUCCUACUCCUUUUCGGACAUAUGCGUGUUCAAAAUAAAUUAAACCAACCAACAUCGUGUCUUUGAGAACAGUAGUCUUCAAUAAAGGUAAAAGUAACCUUAAAUAUUUAUUUACCCCUUUCAUUUGUCGUUUAUACACAUUUAGAAUUGUUUUAUACAUGUUCAACUGUAAUUCUAAAACUAUAAAAACGUGUUUUGUGUUAACAUUUUUAAGAGUCAACCGCUGAUGACAUCAUAGAUGAGUGAGGUAACUUCCGGUUGCCAUUUUGUUUGCAAGCCAAUAGUAUGCCAACAAGGAAGGAUGUUUUCUGAUUAAAAAAAAAUAUAGCACAAAAUGAUAGCACAAAAAUACACGUGUCAUACUGUAUGUACGCUAACUGAGGCAAAAUUGUGGUGUAAAUUUUCAAUGUUUUCAAUCCAAAAAACAUGCCGACUGCAUCGGACGCUAACCGAGGUUCCACUGUAUUGCAAAGCCAGCGCUCUAAAAAUGGCCAAAAAAAUAAUAACAUUGAUUUAGUGCAGUCUCAUGGCACUACGUAUAUUAUAUAAUGAUGCAUGUGACAAAUGCAAAGUCAUCUUUCCAAAACACAUUCCAUUCCAUUCCAUCAUUCCAGUCUUCUUCUGUUUUUGAAGGUAUUUACAACAAUAUGAGAAUGCUUCUUUUCCUUUACAUUUUUACCCAUUUUCACUAAACCGUGUCCAGGACAACAUUGAAACCUUCCAAACCGUAUCCGGGACGCUCCGGAACACUUCCGAGUAGAACUAAUAAACCCCUAGCCAGUUGCGAAGUGACUCAAACAAGAGGUGAUUCAAAAGGGGCUGUGACUCAAAUAUUGAUAAUAGAGUUACAGCUUUUGAGUAUGUCGGGAAUAUUUAAAAUGCUAAUGCUCUCGCUGCGGGCUGUGAUUGCAAAUAAGCUCAGUGUUGUACACCUAACAUUGACAGAGGAAGACACCUGAAUGAGUGGAGAAACCCCGGGCCAGAUCCAGCCAGGCCACCGCUUCCUGGAUUUUGGAGAAAGUAAAAAAAAAAUAAAAAAUAUAAUAACAUGUAUCGAUUCAUCAGGAAGUAUAGAGGUCCCUCGGUUAACAUCCGCCCCGGUUAGUGCGUUAACAAACAUAAUAUUUGCUGAAAUUUUGCCUUGGCUUGCGUUCGCCCACUUGUUUAGCGUCCAAAAUACCGUCCAGUUUGUUACACCGCCAUCUUGGAUCACGGGCACAAGACGAAAUCUUGCGAUACUUGCACGUGGUCGCUUAAUGCAUUGUGGGCCGAAGGCGCCAUUUUAGGAGUUGUAGGGCGAUGCAAGACGUAACAAACUCAUGGACCGCACAAAAGAGAAAGUUCCGAAACAAGGGUGCAAGACCUCCGAAUUUUAUGGCUUGAAGAGAAGACCGUCGUCCUUUCAGAGGUCUGUAAAUGUGACGGAGCGGCUCAGUCAUUGGCUGCGUGCACACACACUUGAACUACUUAACAUCAGCUAGUGAGCUACUGCUAGAUUAUGAGCUACCUGUUGGAGGCCCCUGUGAUAAAGUCUGACUAAAGCUGCACACGUGACUUGUUUCUGUUGCACGACUUCGACACACAACAAGUGUUUGAAGACAAGCCAAGUAUUAUAAGGAUAACAAGAGAGCAAGAUUGCUAAGUGACACUCAAAAAGUUGCGAUGAUGAUUGUAGACGUGGAUAGGCUUAGCAUGUGACAACCUGUCGUCAAUUGACGACACAUUUUACGGGCUACUGUUCAUUCGCCCGAUAAUAAGAAGCAAACCUAAAGUCAACACAAGACGUGCCACGUAUCUGGUCACAUGCGCAAGUGCCAGCAAGGCAGACAGGCGAUUCCAGUGCAUGCUUAUCAAAAUAAAGCGUAGGGAAACAUUUUAAUGAUAUUUUAAAUGGUUUUCAAACUAACUAUGGUCAAUAUGUGUGUAAAUAAUAACCUCCAUACAGAAUGCAUCUAUGUAGCAUCUAUUUCAUUCAUACAAUAUAUGACUUCAAAUUGUUUUAAAGUUGAAAAAAAACUCUCAUUUUUAAAGUGUGGUGGCUUUUAUUUUGUAGUGGCGCACUGUCAUGAUUAAUUAAACCCUGUAUUUUCUUAAUUGAUGGUUUUAUGGGUUGUUUUUCCCAAGAAAACUACAGGUAAAAGUGAUGUUAAAUGUUCAGUUGUCCGUUUAUUUGUCAUUUGUAAUAAUUUUAUUAUUUUAUUGUCGAUAAAAUGUAUUUUGUGUUAACAUUUUUGGGGAUCUGGAACAGAUGAAUUGGAUUUACAUUAUUUUCUAUGGGAAAAUUUGCUUUGGUUGGAGUCCAUUUUGGUUUGAGUCGGACCUUCUGGAACAGAUUAAUGACGAUAACCAAGGCACCACUGUGGUGCCCUUUUGCCAGUGUCAGACGGGCAUAGCGCUCAGCUCUGCCCAGUCGACCGGAGAGCAGUGAAAAAUCAGUACACAUUCCCGUCCUCCGCUUGUCCCUCGCGUUGCAUCAUCUACUCUUGUGCAACCUGCAGGAGACAAGACAUCUUUGUGUGCCCUCUCGGAUGCAAUUUGUGCGCCGUUUUCUGAAGGAACACCGAGUGGAAUUACCUUGCCUCUAGGGUUAUUUGCAUCAUCUCUUGCUAUGUCUUCAAAUCAAGGAAUGUUUCAGUGAUCCUGAAACAAGCACUUCAACGUGAACGUGGGCUUCUCCCUUUUUAAUGGUUUGAACAAAACAAACAAAUCCUCUGCCUCUGGCUGGGAGGAACAUCCGCUUCUGGUAUAAUGACCCUGCAGGAUGAUGCUGGUCUCUGAUAGGAUCGUUUAUUUAUGAAACUCUCUACUUUAGGAUGAAUUAAGUUACAUUCUGUUUUCAUUCUGUUAGCCACAACGCUAACUACAAUCACGGUGCCAACACAUAUAUGAUUGCACAACAUGUUACAGGUAAGUAAACACACAUAGGGCAACUACUACUAUGGUGGGGAAUAAUAAACAAUGUUAACUCUAAAAAUGUAACUUUUUUACAAAACAAAAGUGGAAGUGAUGCCGACGCCCAGCAUGUCUAGUGGCACCUUUUUGUACAUAGUUCCUUAAGGUGCAUGUUUACAGGUAACGUAGUUGUUUCCCUCCGUAUGUGUUGUCUACCUGUGUGUUAAGUUGCUGUGUAAUGGUUAUAGUGUUAUUUUUUUAUGACGCAGUGAGGCAGACUAUUAUGUUGAGUAAUGACCGCUUGACGGUUCCGAUGUGUUGAGCAGCUCAUUGAGAGUUACAGAGCAACUUCCUUUAAGCAAGCUGAAGUGUGACUGAAGAAUACUUUUUUAUACGUUUUACUUUAUUAUUUUUUUAAUCACCUACGGCUACCAGGCUCAGGCUCAUGGCAGCUUCCGGUGGUAUCCCUGGUAAGUUGAUUUACCCCUGGUUUGUAGUAUUGUCCCUUGACGAGAUAAAACAAAAUGCUUGAUGAAAUGUGAGGGGUGUACUCACUUUUGUCAGCAUGAAGGGUUUUUGGAAUUUUAAAGGAAAGCCAGACUUACUGUAGGGUGGCACUGAUGACCGAGCUCGGGGCGACAACAGACAGUACAGGUGCUCUUCGUUUCAGGUGUUCCGUGGUACAAGGUUUCACAGUUAUUAAUACUGUGAAAAAGAAAAAGAGAACUGUUUACGUGCGAACGGUGGAAGAAUACGUAGGCGGAGUACGUUGGCAAAGUAAUACGCAGUCACUGCUUCACUGAGAAGAGGCAACGCCAUUUUUGUUCUUUCCAGAUAACGUCUAAGAAAAGAAAAGUGAGAAGUGACAUGAAAUUAGACGUGGUAAAACGCUCAGUAGAGAAAUCAACAUGGCUGCAUGCCAGGUCCAAGCCGCCUAAAUGCCACAACCAUCCUUUAUCAAAGGAUAAAGACGGUAUUCAUGGACAUGUGAAAGGUUUAUGAAAUGGACAGUGAUAAGUAAGGAACGUAGUGGUCUCAUUAUUGAGACUUCCUCCUCAUAAUAAGCCUGUCGCUCCCUCCUUGCAACGCCCUUCCAGUGUGCAAGACAACCUAAGACAACUUAGGUGUUAAUUAAGGUAUAAGCUCCGACUUCCACUAAAACUCAACUUGCUGUACAUCACAGUCGCAGGAACGGAACACGGUCGUAACCCGAGGACCACCUGUACGUGAGGGUUGACUGUUCACCACGCUGCCACAAAGUACUCCAGAAUAUGUCCUCAAAACGUUUGUUGCCAUACAGAUAUAUUAAUAUCCGCAAAGGUCAAGCGCUGUGUCGUUGCUCUGACGUCGGCAAAAGGUGGACAGCUGCCGCCCGUCUCAGUUGAGGGGCUUUAGGGUUGUUAUUCAACCUAAUGAGGCCCGAGAGCAGAUCCCCUCAGAGAGUAUUUAUAAAGUUACUGGUGAAGUUUUCCAUGAUUAUUUUCCACCGGGCGGCUGACUAAUGCUGAUGUUGCUGUUACUAUACAUUCUUGAGGGUUCGAAGCAGAUAGUCGCUCGUACUGUAAGUGGACAACUGCUGCAGUGUAGAGCGCUAUGCGGUAGCGCGUAACCCCUCUUGGCAGGUGAUUGUUGUUGGCCGCACAUUAAAGGUGUCGAUCCCCUCGUUGGCGUGGUGCGACUCUAGUCUGCGUGAGGCCUCGGCGGCGGAAGCAACCAUGCCUGAAAUACUACAUGCCGCCGGACCUCCAGAAUGUGUAUGGCAACUUCCAACGUUCCGCUUUCACUUGACUGUUCUCUUUUGGCUGCAGACAGGUUCAUCAGUUUUAUGACAUAGGACAGCUAUGUUGUCAUAGCACUUUGGACCUCUAAACAGAUGAGGACAGCAUGGUGCUAGGGCUCUCAGAGUGGGAUCCUGCAUUGCAAAGACUUGUCAACCUAACACAAUAAGGGUCCAAAGCUUUGCCCUUCACGGAAACCCAAGACUGUCUCUGUUGAGCUUGUAACCUCCGGUAGAUCCACUGUGUGUCAUUAGCUACAGUUUCCUUAUUGCUACAACAAGUUUACUGCCUUGUCCUCUUAGGGGUUCAGUCCCCUCGCAUGUCAGGGACUUUCCGGCAGUGUCAGGCAUGUGACGUUGUAGCCACGGGGGCAAGAGGGGCAGUGGGAGGUGUGGAUUUCCUCUGCAUGCCAUUUCACUGCCGUUAACGGUCUGAGCUGCGCUUUAACAAGCUGGUCAACAAGCAGCAUGCCAGACAGCAUUAUUUGAUUACCAACUGAUACCUCUUUUCUUUAAGACUAAGGUUGUACUCAUGCUAGGCCAUUCGUACUGCGCUGGCUGCCGUCACUGCCGUCCUUUUCCUGACAUGUUUGCUGUUGUAAUACCUCAAUUUCCCUGACAUUGUGGAUUAUUUCCAUUCUUAUUUGAAUUCGUUCUAAUUAUGGAAGAUGGUGGCUGCCAUUAAUUUACACACGAGAGGAACGAUCACAUUAAAUAAAUGACACAACUUUAUUACGCACACACAAAUGUUGUCCUGGAGUAAGUGGCUGUUCAGUGGGUUUUGGAUUACUUUGAGUCUUUAUUUCUAUAAUGUGUCGCUUAUCAUGAAUAACCUGAGACGAGCGAUUGCAUUACAGUCUAUGACAAGGCUACGUUGUGCAUGUGCAGGCAAUCAUGCCCACCUAUUGCAGUCGCGCCAAAAGAAGGGAACUUGAGAGCGGGUCAUAGCACUCGCACUAGCCAAAUGUGCAGGACAUUAGUCGUGAAGUGUGAACUGGGCCCAAACACGGCCUCGUAUGCACACAUCUUAAGACACCUGCCCCAGAUUAAACACAAGCCACAAUGCACCAAUCAUGCUUGAUGUCAAUAUUUGUAAAGACAAUCAUAAGAUCUAAAUUCACAUGAACAACUCUGAGCCCAAAUCUCUAUCUUAGCACAGCUAGCAGAGGAAUUUCCGGACAAGCAGGUGGACUCUAGGCACUUCCUCGGACCUCUUCGACACGGAUCUAGUUGAUAUUACACGUCAAGGCGGACAUCAAACGGCUUCCAUUUUGUUUCCUUUUGCAGCCGCUUUCUUCGCGGCAUCAAUGGGGUGUUGAUAUAAAAACUUAAUACCAUCCUGACGUGACUUAUCUCAGUUGCAUAACAUUCUGGAACGCUCUCAAAACAAACAGUAGAAUCCUGUCAAGCAGGGAGGUUAGAAAAAUGGCUAGGUGGCAAUCAUGUGACCUAGAGGCAGUCUGUCACUUCUGGUCUUCACUUGGGGGCCAGAUGUCAGAGUAUUAUAAAGAUUUAGAGCCGAAUAUACGAGCCAGGUAUCUUCAAAAAAUAGCUGAAUGUGAUGGAGUGAAUGCAUACAUAUUUUAGAGAAGAAGACCUUCUACACUUGCAAGGAAUGAAAGAAUUACAAAAGUAUAUGGACACAUAACUUCUUUACAUCUAGUUGGGUCCACAAAUUAGGCUUCAAUUAGGUCCUGAAAGACAAUGUUGGACUUAUUUGUGGAUGCGUAAAUACCGUAUUUGAUGGAUUGUUGCAUGCAGUGACAUCUUUAGUUGUUGGAGUUCGUUUAUAACUUUUUCUGUACUUUUCUUCAUCAUAUAUAAUUCGGUGUCUGCAGUUGCUUUAAGGCUGGGUUGUGCCUCAACGUUGUGUUAGAUUGUCCAGCAUAGUUUGCAUAAAUUUAGAUUUUGUAGAUGGCAAGCAAAUGUUUUGCCUCCAUUUCUCGUCCAAGAUGAGUUUAUUAUAAGUCUUUAAGUCUGAUAAGCAUUUGUUGCUGUCAUGACCGGGUUUAUAGUUUGUUGUGAGGCAAUUCUUUCUGCAUUUUAAUGAGCAUUUUGGAGUUCCCACAAUAUUUUAACUUUGGUUUUAUUCUUGGUUUUAUUUUCUCACCCUACAGCCACCUUUCUCUGCCUUAUUUGGUUGUUUCUUGAACUUUUUUCCCUUUAUGAUGGACAAGCUUAGUAAUAACUUUUCCUCAAAUCCCUAUUUAAGAUAAGAUAUGCCUUUAAGAUAACAUAUUCUAUUUUUAAAAAAUUCUAUUAAAAAUAAAAUAAAAACGUAAAAAUGUAUUUGAACGAUUUCCACAUGGGAGAACAGCGCAUGAAUAUGGCAUUUUUGCUCCGACUUUAUAUGACUUCAAGAUAUGAAUACUCUUGCUUGCCCCCCACCUGUUUGAGUUCGUGAGGACUCCAACCGGAUGUGAUAUCGCGUGAAACCCAGCAAUGAACCUUCCCAAACCUUCCCAAGUGUCAUCAUAGCGUGACGUUCCCAUCCACGUUCAAAGAUGCACCCAGAAACUGUGCUGUUAGUUCAUUACGACCAGCAAUGGAGUUGCAAAGCUGUUAUACGCUCUUGUUAAAAAGUUUAAGACCAGUUGAAAAAUGGCAAGAAUUUAUAUUUUUGCACUGUUGGAUUUGAGGAAGGCUCUAAGUGGAGCUUCAAAAUGCAAAAACAAGAAAUGGGAUUGAGACAAAAAUAUUUUUGAGUAAGCAAUUUAUUGCAAACAAGCAUUAAAGAGUAACAGGUUGUUCAUCAGCUGAUCAAAAGUUUAAGACCACAUCCUUUUAAAAGCCAAAAUCUUUGCAAAAAUGUUGAUUCAGUGGGAUUUUUUUGUCAGGUAAUUCACACUGUAAUGAUCUCUUGAUGGCAAAGCCAAAAAUGCUUUCUCUCUUUGAACGUGGUCGAACUGUUAAGCUGCAUAAGCAAGGCCUCUCGCGGCGUGCCAUUGCUGCUGAGGUUGGACGCAGUAAGACGGUCAUUUUAAACUUCUUAAAAGAUCCUGUGAGUUAUGGAACAACAAGUCAACUGGUAGACCCAAAAAAAGUCACCCCCCUGAGCCGGAGGAUCUGGUUGUUUGUCAAGACACGGGGCGGUCCUCAGCCCAAAUAAAGGUUGUUACUGGUGCUGAGUGUAGUCCAAUAACCAUUAGACAGCAUCUGCGAGAGAAGGGUUUUAAGGACAAAACACCCUAAUGUUUUGAAAGGCCUCGCCUCCUUUAAUGCCACAAAAUUGCCUGUUUGGAAUUUGCACAACAGCACCAAACAUGGUACAUGGAAAGGUUGAAGCGAGUUGUAUUCUCUGAUGAGAAAAAAUGUAACCUUGACGGUCCUGAUGGCUUCCAACGUUACUGGCAUGACAAGGAGAUCCCUCCUGAGAUGUUUUCCUCACGGCAAAGGAGAGGGGGCGCCAUCAUGAUCUGCGGUGCUUUUCCCUUCAAUGGAACAAAUGGCGUCAAACGGCAGCUGGCUAUGUGGAGAUGUUGCUGGGGGCAUCCCUCAUGACUGAAGGCCCUCGUCUGUGUGGUAAUGACAAAGGACUUCUUCCAGAGGAAUAACCUCACUCCUGCAUGUUCUUCUGAUCUAAAACCAAAUGAGAAUAUUUGGGAAUGGAUGGCAGGGGAAGUUUACAAACGUGGACAUCAGUGCCAGACAGUGGAUGCCCCCAGAGAAGCCAUCCACCCCAUCUGGAGCAACAUUUCCACUAGCCUCCUGGAAACACUGGCAUCAAGCAUGCCCAAAGCAAUAUUUUAGGCGACUAACUGAAUGGUCUUAAACUUUUGAUCAGCUAAUGAACAGCCUAUUUCAGUUCAAUUGUUGUUUGCAAUACACUCAAAAAAUGUUUUGUCUCGCUUCCAUUUCUUCUUUGUGCAUUUUGAAGCUCUACUUAGAAUCUCCUUAAGAUCCAACAGUGAAAAUGUAAAUUCUUGCCAUUUUUCAACUGGUCUUAAAAUUUAGGUCAGGAGUGGAUAACAAAAAGACUUAUCUUGCAUCUUCAGGGCUGGAUGACUGAGCUCUGUGUGGCAGUCAAACAAUGCAAACCAACUGGAACUGGACAUGAACAUCACACAUCUUCUUCACAAACGACACGUCUCGCUCGUUUCAACGCCUCCUGUGGCUGAUGUCGAAUAAAAUCAUUUGGGAGGUUAUUUCCAAGCCAAACGUGUAGUUGUGAGAAAGCACUGUUGUGUUUGUGAUAACACAGGAGCAAAAGAAGAGUUUGUGUGGUGUCCCUGUGUCACACAGCUAAAUGAAUUAGACCAGUGGUUCCCAAACUAUUCACAGUACCCCUUCAGACAUCUGACUGCAAGUCAUGUACCCCCUAUCCCGAACACGUAAAAAACAUAAACCACGCAAUGAAACGUUGAUAUAUUGUCAAACAUAUGACAUAUUAUGACAUUAUAAAUAAAAAAAUCAUGUAUCUUAAUUUUCAUCUGCGCACAUAGGCUACUAAUAUAAAACAGAAGGUGUAAGAUAUCUCCUGGCAGGUUUGUCUUCCGUUUGGUGGGCUUAUUUAUAACAACAAGCUGGGGUAAGAUGUGGUGAACUCAUCUUACUGAUCUUAUGCUAUUUUGCUGUGCUUUGGUUUGCAACAAUAUGGAAAUAAUCAGUACAAUGCAACUAAUGUUACACGUGGACGUGUAAAUAAUUAUGAAAACAAAGGCACAUAACGUUCAGAAAUCAAUAAGUAAAUUCAUUCAACACGAGGCUUGUUACUGAGCCAGAUGGACGUAUGAGCACAUAUAGCAUGAGAUUACGCACCAAGCAAAAAUGCACAGCAGCACACCGCUAACGUUAUUAAAGCUCACCUCUGUGCAUUUACACACAGCAUUAACAUUUGGGAACAAGGAUGAGGUGAAAGGAAGAAUAGAAAAUACACGUCGGUGCAGCGUCGGAGAAAGCCAUAGUCCAAGUCUGGACCUGCGUCACACAUGGUGUGUUCAAGGACUGCCGAACAAAGAAGACACAUUAUUCAUUGAAGCUUACACAUGCAGCAUUGGGGAUCCAUUCAACAGUGCGUCCAUUCAACAAACAAAUGACAUACUCAUACAGCUCAGAAAACUUCCAAAUUAGUCACAGCACCAUGUAAGAAGUCCAGCUCUCAUUGAGCACACAAUGUUCUUGAAAAAUCUUGAAGAUUAAACACUUUCAGUGCACAAUGUCAUAAACUUAUUUGUCCAUCUAACACACACAGAAUAAUAAACACGCUGUCACCUUUCUUCUGCCUCGUACUACAUACCCGCCGGCUGUUCACAUGAGGCGUUCAAGCGCAUUACGUAAAUCUCAGUGUGUAGGCAAGCUGUUUUUACUUUUUAUUCACGUACCCCCCACCGCAAUGUACUUUGGGAACCCAGGAAUUGGACGAUCAUCAAAUGCAUUUCAAAAUUCGUACUUGCUAUUUACAGAACCGUAAAUGACUUGUGCAUGUUUACUUCUGCAUCAUUUGCCGGCUGUCUCAGUCUCGCCGACCUCCUUGCCCCCUUACGGCCAAAAGAACAUGUCAGAGACUAAGUGAGAUAAUUAGAAGGGUCGGUCUUCAACCUCACCUUGCAUUCUCAUUCUUCCCUCCGGCUUCCUGUGGUCGUCCUCGGACCUCGCUGAUCUUGUGUUCGGGGACCGUUAUUGAAGCAUUCCUCAGAAGCCCUGGCCUGCAAAGAGCGUCUCCUUUUCUGGAAGUUUUUAGGAUCUGACCGAGUGGGUGUCUGCGGAUCAUGCCUUUUUAUUUGCCUUUCUAAAAGCCUAGGAAAGGAUUAGUGAUUAUUUAACAGGGGUUCGAGGCACUCACAGCUCCCUGAAAGAAUGACGGCAGCUUGAAUCAAUUACAGGGAAAUGGGAUGAUCCGCUACCACCUUUUAGAUGCAAUAUAUUGUUUUGCCUGUUCAGGAUCUGGUUGUGUUCAGACAUGUUCCUGCUUGAGACAGCGCGUAGGCGUGUAGGCCUUUGUGAUUACGGGAAGCGCAGCAGUCAGCACAACCUAACAGCCUUCUUCUUCCCGACAUCUGUCAUAGUCGUUCCCCCCUGCUGGAACGUACUGUGAUCCGUGUCUCAGGGAUCUCUAUUGCUUCCCAGACAAUCCUCUCUAUUGGCAGCACGAUUGGAUUUGACCUGCAGCUGUGUGACUUGAAUAGAAAUCCAUCGAAACUAAAUGAUCGGUCACGCGACUUUAAAAAGGAACACGAUAAUGAGGGUGCGUUACUGUCACGUCUGUGGGACUGAACACUCCAAGAACACUCCAUGCACUUUUCUCUGCAUUCUAAAUAUCUAAAAACAUAAAAAGAGACAGCUCAUUUUUGCACGUAAUGCGACACACCUAUGCCACGUACACAGACCGCGAUUAAAACACCUCCAAAAACUUCCAACAAGGUUUUAUAUACAUGCUGUGACCAUGUACUAACAGGUACAUUCUUCAUAACAUGUAAUGCAUACAGUACUUUGCCGUAUUUUGGUCCUUUUAAGCAUUACCGGAACAUCCUUCCUGGGUGCAUUGAUUUCACAUAACAACAUAUAAACGAACGUCAACACCUAGCGUUAAUUCUUCCAAACUCAAAAACACAGCAGCAGUGGUGGCAGGUCCAAUAUGGAGCCUGACCUCUUUGGUAGUGGUCUGAGGCAGGGAUGUCCCAAUUCGAUCUUCAGGAUCGGGAUCGGCUGAUGUUCCGCUGUAUUUGUGAAGAUCGGUUAAUAUCGGCUUUCGCCAUGAGAUCGGGACAAUCCGGUUGCCGUAUCACGUUUGUAACAUCACGUCACGUUUGACCCACACUCCGCAACAUUGCAGGUGCGGUAAUGUGCCUCAAUGCUGGUUGCCACUCGACUCGAAAACGUUUGCGGUGUACCGUGGUGAAGUUAGUUUCACGUUGGACGUUGGAUAUUUGGCUCCGUAGCUAAAGCAGUAGUUCCCUCUCACUGUGCCCAGACUGCUGCGUCACGGUGUAGCGAGCUCGCACGGGAUGUUCUGCUCUGAUAAUAGGGACCGCACAAACAUUACUAAACAUGUCGAAAAGGCGGCGAAAAACCUUAGAAACUCCUCUGUUACGGAGCGUGAAUGGAAGCUAGCGGGGUUUGCUUAGUUUAGCUAGUGCAGCUGUGUGUGCGUGUGUGUGCGCAACUCAGGUGGGAAGUAUAUAUUGUCACUGUGUUGUGUUUUACUGCUUUAACGUAAGGACCAUUUUACAUUGCCCACUGACGGCGUGCAGGUUCGGACUGAAAAAAGAGGAGAGACAUCUUUAUUCUUGCACCCAGCGCAAAUCAACCGUCAAUUGCCAUUCGCGACACGCAACACAUUCCGGCCUUCAAAAUAAGAACGGUCUUUGUCACAUUUGUCUAAUUGUGUAAACAAAAUAAGGGUGUCAUUAAAAUAUCUUGCAUUAAUAACGCUAUUGGCAUUACAUCUGUGACUACAUCUUCCUUCAUCACAAGCACGGGCAUUACAGUUUGUUUGAAGAUUUAGCAGCAAUACUUGCUGAGGCUGACAUCCCAUUCGAAUAGUUAGCUAAGCUACAUCCAUUUUCAAUUACUGGACAAAAUGGGCCAAUGAUGUAUAGCAUCAAGAAAUGUAAGGAUUUUUGCAUUUUAGUCAUGAACCCAAAUAGCACACACUAUAUGCUGGUAAAAUAAGUGGAAAAGGUAAAAAACUGAAUUCUAAAAAGAGUUCUUAUCUUAUUCUAAAUCACAUCACAAAUUGUGUCAAAUGAUCAGUCCUACCCUAAAAGUAUUUUGCGCACCCAUUUUUUCCAAUUGUAUCUUUUAUUGUAUCUUUUAUUGGAUUAGGGACUUGACUCACAGAGGUUUGUUACAAAAGCCAAACAAUAUUGUUGGUCAUGCUGUGUAGUAAAAAAGUAAAUUCAGCAAUACUUUUCUUGCAUUAUUUCCAAUGCUUUGAGAGCUAUUUUCAUAACCAUAUUCAAUUCCACAAAUUCAUGUUUGUAACAAAAGCUUAUUAUUAUCAAAAAAACAAAAAAGAUCUGUACGGGACUGGAUCGGAUCGGCAAGGCUGUAAAAAAAAUCGUAUCGGAAGCCAAAAAAUGUGGAUCGGGACAUCCCUAGCCUGAGACGUUGUGACACGCUGCGGGCGAGCGUGUGGUGAAGCUAGUCGGUAGCUGGCUAGUAGCUAGCCGUUGUGGCGUGGUGAAGUGUCAGUGCGCCAGUAACGUACUUCGAUCGGCGUAACAAUGUUAAUACUAAUAAUAACAAUGUCGCUGUAGCUUGGUUAAUAUGCACGUCACAUUAUAUGUACAUGGGGCGUUGUUGGAGUCUUUUUCAGAAGGCUUUAUAGGCGGAAUAAGCGUUUCCCAUCACGUGCAGUACUGACUUGUCUGUUUUUAUAUCUUUAGAAUGCACAAAAAAGAGAAAGACAUACUGUAUGUAUUCAUGUCUCACAUAUGGUUUGUGGAUGAUGGGCAAAUUUCCAAAACAAGUGCAGUUUUCCUUUAAACCAUAAGCGGAAAGGUGUACAAUUAUACUAUGUUUUACCAAUUGUAGAUCAGUGUCAGAGAUCCCAAAAUAGUGUAUUGGAAGUGUGUUGUUCAAAAUCUAGCCUUGGUGCUGGAAUUAAGACAGUUUAAAGUGUUUUUAGUAAGGGUGACUAGGAAUAAGCCCUUUUGUGUGUCUGCCAUUUUGCUCCAAAAAAGGCCAUAAUACUGUAAAUUAUGUUUUUCUCUGAAUCUACAAGGUCUGCAUGGAUGAUCUUGGGAUCAAAAUAAAAAUGAGACUUCAAUGUAAAUCGAGGCUAACUUUUAGCUGACGUUCUUCUGGUUACGUGGAUGUAUAGCAGGGGUUACCAACGUUUUUACUUGCGAGAGCUACUUUUAGAAAAUGAAAAUGGCCACAAGCUACUCAUUUUUGUAGAAAUGAUUUUCAUACCUUAUUUCAACCCAAACAGAUCAAAUAUGCUUGUUUUACCAGAACAUUAACAAAAUGCUGGUAUCCACAACUCACAUUUUAUGUUUCAGAAUACUUUUCUUUCGAGUGUUCUCACAUUAUUAACUGAAAACCUGAAUGAAAGCAGGUUUGCGGGCACCUCAUGUGGUCGUAGGGGGCCCGCGGGCACCAGGUUGGUGACCCCUGUUAUAGCAUGCAUUUAUUGGUACAAGCGCAAUUACCCAGUCAACAUUGUUGCCACCCAGCUGCUCCCAAAAACGGGGUCCGUCGCUUUUAAAAAGUGAAAAAAAACCUCCACUCUCAACACUUCUUAUUGACACACACUUCAAACCAGUUCAUGCUGACAGUUUUAGUUCCCACAUUCUUUUGAAGGACUUUUUGAUAGCUUGCUAAGUGAAAUACUGUACAAGUGUGUUUACUCACUGCAUGUGUGUGAGGGGGACCUCUGCCAUUGUUGAGCUCUUACAUCCUGACAAGCGCAAGCCUGCCGGGUUAAAAAUAACCUAGUGCUUUCCAAUUUUGACGUCUUUUGGGACCGGCUGUUUUGAUUUUACACACGUCAAACACCCCCACCCCCUACUAUCCUUCCUCUGCCAGAAUGCUUGGGGUCACUGGCAGCGACUUCCUGUCACUUAGUUCCUCAUAACUAUCCCUAAAUACGCAAAAGAGAGAGAGGACACCUGGGAAGGGAAGGUGUGUGCUGUCACUGUAAAUGACAGUUUCUAAAAGUAUGAAUUGUCUUUAUUCCGAAGCUUCAGAAGAUAUGUGACGAGUUUGGUGCGCAGGCACAACAGAAUUAGUCCAUGGAAAAACAUCACUUCAACAUAAAAGUCUGAGGAGUUGUAAAGCAGAUGUGGUUUCCAACUUUAACUCGAUGCAGUAAGCUGCUUAUCUCGACGCCCUUCGAACUGUCCAUUGCUUGCAUAUUUUCUUAUGACUUUUGCGAGAUUGGGGCAAUAAGAAAGGAUUUUUGAAACGACAGCAGUUGUUGAUGUCGUUUUCCUCCAUUUGUGCAUAUUUUUCUUUUGAUUCGUCUGUUGUCAUAUGGGCUGCACAGUGGCCCAGUGGCUAGCAUGUUGGCCUCACAGUCAGGAGAUUGUGGGUUUAUGUCUCUGGUGGAACAUCUCUGUGUGGAGUUGGCAUGUUCUCCCCAUGCGUGCGUGGGAUCUCUUCGGGUACUCCGGAUUGCUCCCACAUUUAAAAAAAUAUUCAUUGUAGGUUAAUUGGAGACUUUGUCCAUAGUUGUGAAUGUGAGUGCGAAGGGUUGUUUGUCUAUAUGUGCCCUGCUAUUGGACGGGCGACCAGUCCAGGGUGUACCCCGUCUAUCUCCCGAAGACAGCUGGGAUAGGAUCCAGCAUACUUGCGCCAAGUGAGGACAAGCGAUACACAAAAUGGAUGGAUGGAUGUUUUCAUGUGAUAUUGUAGCGACAGGAUUGACUGGUGACCAGAUUAAUCGAUGGUGUACCCCGCCAAUUUUGCCCAAAGUCAGCUGGGAUAGGCUCCAGCAUACCCCGCGCGACCCCACUAAGUAUAAGUGACAUACAAGAAGGAUGGAUGGAUGGAUGGAUUGUAGCAAGAGUAUUGUCUGUGGUUCUGAGCUGUGAUUCAGGGGUUGGGGGAUAGGGUGCGGUGGUGUUUGCGUGCCAGGUAGAGCCAGCCUAAGAGAGAAGAAGGGUUGCAUUUAGGUGUGGAGUGCGUCUUACUGUAAGCUAUAUAGCAUUGUUUUGGAGAAGCUAAUAAGCAAAUAAAUGACGACUUAAUACAAUAUUUUAUACUUUAACAGAGCUGCUGCAGUAAAGUUGACUACGAUGACAAUAAAGCUUUCAUACAUGUACAAAUCUUUCUAACUAGACUAGUGACUAGACGUUGCAUCAUGCUGCUGAGCGACAAUGAUGACGUUGACCAUACUGCAUACGUUGACAUAUACGGAACAGUUUUCAUAGAAAUGACCCCUUUGAGUCUAAAUUUAUUCAUUUAUGUUUUUUUGAGAAAAGCAUAAGUCGACUUAAGCGAGCACUUUUUAGUAAUAAAUAAUAACGUAGUGGACCGGGACUGACGUCAGGGUGACCAACUUAAGCGGGUGCCACUGUACCACCAAAAAUGUCAAAUAUAUAUAUAUAUAUAUAUAAUAAUAAACUGUACCCCACUAUGUGUGGCCAUGGCUAGCGUAAACACUCCAAACAACAGCCUGUUGAGCCAAACCGAUUCAGCAUUACACAUUAUAUAACUCUAAUAUCAUGUGGAAGAGCCUCAUUGUGUAACAGCUCCCAUCGCUAUUGGGGACACUGUUUCAUCGCCAGCGUUCAAGGGUCUUCAGGUCUACUUGUGUUGCCCUCUUCCAAACUUAGCCGGCUUCCAAUCAGAUGUCUCUGUUUGCUUCUUCAGCUUCUCAACAGAGGCGACAUGAAAACGCUGCAGCAAAUGCCAUCAUAGUGUGCUAGACAGAAGGUACGGCUGCACUGAACAAGAGACACUACUGGAUGCUGCGCUCGUGAAGUUUAUGUGGCACGGUCUGGGUGACACAGUUCAGACUGACGUGGAAGGCAUUUUGCGGUAUGAGACGAGAAACCAUAUUUGCUCACUUUUAUGACAUGUGCCCAAAGAGGACUUCUAGCUCAUAGGCAAAGACAAGAGACAGCGAGUUUGGAACAUUGAAUAUAUAUUUGCGUAGCGUCGCAGAUGAUGGGUGUGGUGUUCCCCUGCAGGCAGGAGAAAGUACGCUAAUGCAAAUUAAAGAGGCCAUACAAUGAAAAAAAAAAAAGUUCCCGUCACAAAAUAAAAGUGACUGAAUCGCGAGCUGCGCAUAGUCGAGGAGAUCGUCCUGUAGCAUACAUAGGAGGAAACCGGUGGACGCCGAUAUGCCGCUUUUUCACAAAGCGAUCAUUUUCAACCAGCGUGUUUUCCACCCUGCUAAAUAUGGACUCACGCGAACACCCUUGCAUGUUACCACAAUACAGGUGUUGUAUUUAUGCUUAGAUCUGUUGCAACUGGAGAGAUGCCUGCAAGACCCCUGCCACAUUGUCAUACCCCCGUGCAUCAGUGAAGCUGACCGCUUCAGUCUGGUGGCCCUGCGCCACAUCCACAAGCAGCUGGACGACGACAACGACGGCGGCAUCGAGGUGAACGAAAGUGUGGAGUUUAUAAUAGAAGACAUGAAGCAGCAUCACACCAACAAGCAUAGCAACCUGCACCGCGAGGACCAGCACAUUACCGUGGAGGAGCUUUGGAAGGCCUGGAAGACCUCUGAAGUUCACAACUGGACCAUGGAAGACACGUUGCAGUGGCUGAAGGAUUCGGUGGAACUUCCCCAGUACGAGAAGAACUUCCGGGACUUCCACGUCACGGGCAACACGUUGCCACGAAUUGCCGCAAACGAACCAUCCUUCAUGUCCAUGCAGCUAAAAAUAUUAGACCAGCGACAUAAACAAAAACUCAACUUGAAGGCCCUCGAUGCCGUUCUAUUCGGCCCCCCGCUCCGCCCACAACACAACUGGAUGAAAGACUUCAUCCUCAUGGUCUCCAUAGUGAUCGGGGUGGGGGGUUGCUGGUUUGCCUAUGUGCAGAACAAGUACAGCAAGGUGCACAUCUCCCAAAUGAUGAAGGAUCUGGACAGCCUGCAACACGCCGAGCAAAGCCUCCUCGAUCUACAGAGUCGUUUGGAGAAGGCUCAGGAAGAAAACCGUACCGUGAUUGUGGAAAAGCAGAAUCUGGAACAGAAGAUGAGGGAUGAGAUCACAGGCGCCAAGAAGGAAGCUUACAGACUUCGGGAACUGCGAGAGGGCGCCGAAUGUGAGCUCAGCCGGCUCAAAUACGCUGAGGAGGAACUCGUCCAGGUACGAAAAGCCCUGAAGCGAGCCGAGAAGGAGAUGCACUCGGAGCGCUCGCUGCCUGAAGCACUGCAGAAGUGGCUCCAGCUCACGCACGAGGUGGAGGUUCAGUACUACAACAUCAAAAAGCAGAGUGCAGAGUUUCAGCUCUGCGUCGCCAAGGACGAGGCAGAGAAAAUCAAGAAGAAGAGAAGUUCCGUCUUUGGGACGCUUCAUGUAGCACAUAGCUCCUCAUUGGACGAGGUGGACCACAAGAUACUUGAGGCCAAGAAGUCCUUGUCCGAGGUGACGGCGUGCCUGAGGGAGCGUCUGCACCGCUGGCAGCAGAUCGAGAGGCUCUGCGGAUUCCCCGUUGUCAACAACUCGGGGCUGCCGAGUCUGACGGCCAGUCUCUACUCCGACCACAGCUGGGUGGUGAUGCCGUGCGUCUCUGCCCCGCCUUACCCCAUCGCGGGCGGGGUGGAUGACCUGGACGAGGACACGCCUCCCAUCAUUCCACAGUUCACAACCACUUUGAUGCGACCCCCGCUGACACGUAACAGCAGUCUGUGCCGCUCCCGCCGCAGCCUUCUCAGCUCAUCCUCGCUGAUGUCGCCUGACCCCGACCUGCUGUCCAUGGCCAGCUCGUCCCUCUCCUAUCACCUCGAGGCAGACGUCGAAAAUGUCGAUAGGAGGGGGUAUGUAGCGCGGGCCGGAAUGCCGCGGAAUGCUUUUAACGUGUGGACUCACAGGGACACCGCCCAGGAGGCCAGCUCCGACACAGACUCCUUAAACUCCUUGAUGGGCCGCAAGCCACUGCACAACCCCUGCUUCGUGACCUCUGAGACCCCUUACCGCAAGAUCUCCCGUGAGGAGAUGCUGCUAUUCAACCAGAGCCCGGAGUUUCCCAUGUAUACCACCAUCACCAGCAACAGCAGGGACUCCACACCCCCUUCUCUUCCCCCCACGCCGGCUGCCACCCCCUCGAGCCCGCCGUCCACUUCACCCUCACCGGCCUUGGAGCAUCACAUGUUUGCAAACAGAGGCUCGCCGGACCUCACCCGCGUUUCGCCAGACAGCCAGGUGGUCCCCCAGGGAGGCUCCACAUCGAGGAAGGGCGUGUACAACGGCAUCCUGGAGAAGUCGCACAGCUUCGGCCAGCUGCCUGCCAGCAUGCUGCCUGCCGUGGGCCGCUACCCGUCCCUCACCUCCCUGGACUCGGAGGGCCGGAGCGUGGGACGGGAACACAAGCUCCUGAGCACCUCCUCGCAGGACUCCAGCGACAAUGGAGAGAAAAUCAAGCGCUCCUCCUCCAAAAUCAAAAGCUUAUUUAAGAAGAAAAAAUAAAAAGAUAGCGUGGUGUGUGAGAAAGAAAUAGAAUAUAUUCUAAUAUAACAAGGACUUCAUUGUAAGCUAACGCUAAAACAGCUCUCUUUGUCAUCAACAACAGAAUGUAGCUCAGUCUGGUCGCCUUAUUUUUCACUAAUGCCUUUUUCUCGUUUAGUUCAUUGAGAGGUCGACGUUUUUGUUUUUUUCCUCCAUUCUGACCUCACAUUAUGGAGGCGUUUAUUUAUUUCGAAGCACAUGCAUGCAACGCUUGCCGUUGCCGCACACUCCUCGAUACAUGGAUUAUAUGGGUUCACUUGAUUUAUUCACCUUGGCGAAGGUUAAAAAAAAUGUUGCACUACUUCCUGACAAUUUGGGAAAGAGUUGAAGGUCACAUGAGCGGCAGCAUGGAGGCACCGGAGCCAAAAGGAUGUGCCGCCACUUUAAUGCUACAGCUCAUCUUAAUAAAUAUACAAUGUUUUCUUAUUAUAAAAUGUGUUCAGAGGUUUAUAGCAAUGGGGUGAGGCGUGGGGUGGGGGGUUACUGAGGAUAUUCUCGUUUGGUCAUGUUCCCGGUUACCUCGUUAUUUACUUGAUUCCCUGCAUCCUGUUGCCAAGCAAAUUUACAGUGCAUCACAAAAGUGUGUCCACCCAUGACAUUUCUGCAUUUUGUUUUAUUUAUUGCAAUGAAUUUGAUCGUAUUUUGAACUUUUCAUGGGACAACACUGACGAAAUGACACGUUGAUACAAUGUGAAUUUGUCGGUGUCCAGCUUGGUGUAACUCCCAGCCAUUAACGUCUAAACUGCUGACACCCCCAAGUGAAAUGUUCAAAUUGUGCCCAAUUCGAUAGGCGCACUGACUACCUUACAUUGUAUCCCAAGUGUCUUGAGUGUGUUCUUCAGUGUUGCCCCGUGAAAAGAUGUAUUUGCAGAAAUGUGAGGGGUGUACUCCCCUGCCUCUCGCCCGAAGUCAGCUGGGAUAGGCUCCAGCUUACCCGUGACCCUGAUGAGGAGAAGCGGUAUAGAAAAUGGAUGGAUGGGUGAGGGGUGUACUUACUUUUGUGAGGUACCUGCGAUGUCUUAACUUGCUCACCCACUGAUGUAGGUCAAAUAUUCUGUAUGUAAGGACACACACAAGUGUCAGGAUGUGUGUGUGUGCUGCGAUGAUGGUGUGUCUGUAUCAGACAUUUUUAUUUGCUUCAGAAAAGAAGGAUGCAAUACGGACCUCCUCUUGAUGUGAUGAUGUCAAAAGAGCUCCUGCCUCACACUGUGACUCCUCUCAUGUAGACCUUCUCACCUUCAGCGGCUACAACCUAACUUGAUGGGUCAUGUGACCGGCAGGGGUUGCCGCUGUUUGGAGGUUGUGUGUGUGUGUGCGUGGGUAUGCGUGUGUUCGGACAGGACGACAAAUCAAUGCAAGUUUUCUUUAAACAGCACACGAGGAAGGAAUAAAUGUAAGAGUUGUAAGAUGGGAUGACAUGUUUACGAUACACAAGGGUUUUUUUGACAACAUUUUAUGUGUGAAUAUUUGUAUACUGUAGAAGAAUUAAUAAAGAAGAAAUGGAUCGGCAGCGCUCCUGAGUUAUACUUGAAAGAUUAACCAUCUCUGUUGCAACCUGCUGAUGACAUUGUGACGCUCGAAGCUCAGUGGCUACUUUCCUCUGAGCAAACAUCCUGUUUGAAGCCUCACAAUGGCAAAGUGCGGGUGACCAAUUGUUCGGUGUGCUUUUGGUCUCGUGUCAAAAUAUGAACAAUUCUAAUUGAACCAGGAAAUGUGACUUUUGCCAUUAAGCUCCUUGUUAGAGAACAGCAAGUUGUGCCAAGAGCACCGAAACCCUGAUCAGUUGGACAUGUGCAGUCAAAAGGUUUAGAGGUCAUAUUAAGUUCACCUGUAAAGGUUACAGUGCAUUUUAGCUUCAUCCUGAAAUUUCACCCCAUAUAUCCCUAACUUGUUGUGAGUAGUGAACAAACUAUUACACUAAAAAAUACUAUAAAUACUAUUAAUGUAUAAAUGUAAAUCAGUUUAUAGCUCUACUUGCCGAUAUCGUUUUAUAUUUCAUUGCUGUAUACAGUCAUCCCUCGUUUAUAGCGGUUAAUUGGUUCCAGGCCUGAACGUGAUAAAUACAUUUACGCCAUGUAGGAUUCAGUGUUAAUAAAUUGAGUUUGCGAAGUUAAGAGCAUAGAAAAACGCUUUAUGACUUUAUAAAUACAUUUUUUUUACAUGAUCAGAGCCCUGUAGAUAUGAAAUAACACCUCUAUAGUCACCAUUACACCCCUAUUACUCUUUGUUUACACCACAUUGAGCAACUCUUAUGCUGCAGGGACUCAAGACAGCCACUAGCUAGUGAGCUAACAAGCUAGGGAGCUAACCAUUUAGCCUCAAAUCUAUUUAUUGUAAACUUAAGAAGCCAAAAACCUACCGUGGAAUGGGGGGAGAACUUUUUUUUCCCUCUUAUCAUGUCAGACAUGCCAUGGCUGACUUCAUGUAGUGUUAAUGUAAUGUAAAGUCUCAUCAAUGUUUUCGUGCUACAUUUCAAUAUGUUUGGACUAA